UCUCGCGCCCCCUCCCCCGUUGGGGCGCUGUACGUUGAGCGGAAGUGCCCGGAAACGAACGACUGUUAACGAAGCGUGAGCGGAGAUUAUCGAGCGAGCUCGAACGCCGUGUCGGAGGUCACCUUAGAGCGCCGAAGCCGCCUCCGGAAGUUUCCGAACGCCCCCGAAGCUCCGGGGAGGGCAGGCAGCGGCGCCACACAAGAUGGCGGACGGGGAGGAGGUUACUCUGGACGGGAGGCCGCUCCAGGCACUGAGAGUCGCCGAUCUCAAGGCGGCUUUGGAGGAGCGCGGCUUGGCGAAGAGCGGGCAGAAGAGCGCGUUGAUCAAGCGCCUCCGCGGGGCCCUGAUGCUCGAAAACCUCCAAAAGCAUUCAACCCCGCACACCACCUUCCAACCCAAUUCCCAGAUUGGAGAGGAGAUGAGUCAAAACAGCUUCAUCAAGCAGUACCUGGAGAAGCAGCAGGAGCUGCUGAGGCAGCGUCUGGAACGGGAGGCCCGGGAAGCUGCAGACCCAGAAAGCAGAAGCUGCGUUGUCCCCCGGGAAAGGGAAGAAUCUGACGAGGAGGAGCCCAGGAGACCAGAGCAGCACCCCUCCCGGGCUAGGCAGGCCAGAACUGCAAAGGCAACGGCAGGUGGCCACGCCCCAGGCAGCGAAGAGCGGGAGACGUCCGUUCGGAGUCGGAGGGGGGCCCAGCGGGCAGUUGUAAAAGAUGAGGAAGAGGAGGAGGAGGAGGAGGAAGAUGACGAGGAAGACGAGGACGAGGAGGAGGACGAGGAAGAGGAGGCUGCCCCCCUGCUGACUGCGCAGGCACCCAAGGGGCAGGAUAAGCCUGGAGGACCACCUCCCCAGGGGGGCGACAUAUGCCGGGCUCCCUCGCCCAUCGCCUUGGAAGCCCAGCAGAAGGCAUCCCCAGCCCAGACCCCUGACACCCAGCAGAAGGCCACGGCCAGGACCCUGGAUGCCCGGCGGAGCGAGGCAGCAGUGCCGCUUCUCCUGCCCUUCAAGGGGGAGGCUGGGCCCCCAGUGGCGGAAGGUGGGGCGGAGUUGCAGACAGCCAUCACACAAGUACCCGCGGAAGAGAGCGGGGGCCCCAGCACGGCCGGCCCUCCCGAAGGAGAGUUGGCCGGAGCCCUGGAAUCGGCGACGACAGCCCGGCCAGCGGAAGCCUUAAAGGAGGGGACGGAUGCCGCAGCAGUGUGCCAGGAGGAGCCGAGGGAGCCCAGCCUCCACGAAGCACGUGGCCAGCCCGUGGCGGCCAGCGCGGGGGAGCCUGCAGUUGCGCCUUUGCCGCCCCCACAGGUCGUGGGCAUGGGGGAGCCUGCGAGGGACGAAGAGCAAGAGGAGGCCGCGGAGGCCCUGAGGACCCUGGAAGAGGCGGAGGCUGCGGCGGCGGCCCUGAUUCAGGCCUCCCCCUCACCUCCGCAGCUGACCGAAGCACAACACACCCAGCAAGACCACGGGGGAGACGAGCCCCCGCCCCCACUCCUGACAAAGGAAACCCCUGCGGAGCCCAGCCCUGUGGAAGACGAAGCCCCCCCACAGCUCUCUCGGCCCUCCCCGCCCUCUCAGGAACCCCUGUCGGCGGGCAGCCCCAGCGUCCCAGAGGAGAGGUCUGGCCGCUCCCCCUCGCCCCUGCCCCCCCUGCCCCCCCAGCAGCAGCGGGAAAGGCCCCGGGGGACCAGCUCCUCCCGCUCCUCCUCCUCCUCCGCCUCCAGUUCCUCCAGGUCGCGCUCCCGGGGCAGCUCCCAGCCCCGCUCUCGGGCAAGAAGGCCCCGCUCUGACUCUUCCGAGUCCCCACCCAGGAAGCGGCGGCACUCGGGGGUCCCCUCCCGCUCUGGCUCCGAGCAGCACACCAGUUCAUGUUCCAGGUCGCCCUCCAGGUCGCGCUCCAGAUCCUGCGACAGCAGCGACAGCAGCAGAAAGUCCCACAGCCCUGAAGCCUCAAGGGACAGCACCAGCUACCCCCGCACCAAAGAGUCCUCUCCCCCAAGGGAGACCCCUCCAUGCCGCAGCCCCCAGGCCCAGCAGGAAGUGUCAUCCAGCCCCAGGGGAGAAGGAAGAGCCACCUCUCCCCCACCUUUGGAACCCGAGAGGCACUCCACCCCUACCCAGCUGCAGCCACAUGAGCGGGAGUCGGAGAACACAGUUCCAGAGCGAGGCAGCCCCGAGCCCCCCUUUCCAGUGGAGGCCACUGGCCCAGAGAGCAGGGUGCCUGAUGCGGAGCCGCUGUGCCCGUCGGAGCAGCAGCCCGGCAGAGCCGAAGAAAAGCAAGAGGUGCCUAUGGAGCCAUCAGAGCCCCGCCCAGAGAGCGAGGCGCCUGAGGCUGGCCCCGACGAACACCCAUCCACAGAGCCCCCCGGCCCUGACGCUGGCCCUGAAGAUGAGGAGAAGAAAGAGGGCUCAGCACAGCCCAAGGCCUUCAAGAGGAAGAUUUCUGUUGUCUCGUCGUCUGUGGCCAAGGGCGCAGCCGCAACGAACAGCGACACGGAAGGAAGCCAGCUGGGAGGCCGGAAGCGGCGCUGGGGGUCCAGCACAGCCGCCACCCAGAAGAAGCCCUCCAUCAGCAUCACCACCGAGUCGCUCAAGAGCCUGAUCCCCGAGAUCAAGCCCCCAGUGGGGGGGCAGGAAGCCGUGGUGGACCUCCACGCCGAUGACUCGCGCAUCUCCGAAGAUGAAGCUGAGCGGCACCCGGAGGAGCCGGCCCACGAGAAGGCGCUCAAGAUCUGCCGCACAGUCACACAGGUGGUGCCGGCAGAAGGCCAGGAGAAUGGCCAGGGGGAGGAGGAGGAGGAAGAGGAGAAGGCCCAUGAGGAAGAGCAGCCAGAGGCCCCUCCUGCCGUAGCCAUGGAGACUGUCACGCUGCCCCCGCCACCUGUGGAGCAUGAAGUGAAGAAAGUCACACUGACUGAUACGUUAACCCGGCGGUCCAUCAGUCAGCAGCGCUCCAGCGUCUCCAUCACCAUCGACGACCCCGUCCGCACGGCCCAGGCCCCCUCGCCUCCGCGCGGCAAAGUCAGCAGCAUUGUCCACAUCUGCAACCUGGUGAGGCCCUUCACCCUGGGGCAGCUGAAGGAGCUGCUGGGGCGGACGGGCACCCUGGUGGAGGAGGCCUUCUGGAUCGACAAGAUCAAGUCGCACUGCUACGUGACGUACUCAACUGUGGAAGAGGCCGUAGCGACUCGCAAUGCCCUCCACGGGGUCAAGUGGCCGCAGUCCAACCCCAAGUUCUUAUCAGCAGAUUUUGCUGAGCAAGAUGAGCUGGACUUCCACCGGGGUCUGCUGGCCGAGCGCCCCGUAGAAGCCAAGGCGGACGAAGCACUGGCGCUGCCCGGGGUGGGCCCGGCAGCACGGGGGGAGCGCGAGAUGUCCCGGCGCUCCGAGGCCCGGGAGCGGGAGGCGGCCGUGCGGGAGCAGUGGGCCGAGCGGGAGCGCGAGAUGGAGCGCCGGGAACGGACGCGGGCCGAACGGGAGUGGGACCGGGACAAGGUGCGGGAGGGCCCCCGCUCUCGCUCCCGUUCCCGAGAGAGACGCCGCAAAGAGCGGCCCAAGUCCAAGGAGAAGAAGGCCGAGAAGAAGGAAAAGGCCCAGGAGGAGCCCCCCGCUAAACUGCUGGACGAUCUCUUUCGCAAAACCAAGGCAGCCCCCUGCAUUUAUUGGCUGCCCCUCACAGACACCCAGUACGUUCAGAAGCAGGCCGAACGGGCGGCCCGGGCCCGGGAGCGGGAGCGCCGGCGCAAGGAGCAGGAGGCAGAGGAAGCCCGCCAGCGGGAGCGCAGCCGCCAGGCCGAGCGGGAGAAGCGGCGGGAACACAGCCGCGAGCGGGAGCGGCCCAACGCCACAGGAGGCGGGGCGAGCCGGGGCGGCGAGCGCAGCAGUGGCAGGGAUCGGGACCGGCGUGACGCCAAGGCCCGGCACAGCCGAAGUCGGAGUCGCAGCACGCCCGCACAGGACAGGGGGGGGCGCCGCUGACCUCUGCCGACUCCCCCUGUGCUUUGACCUUCGGGGGGGAGGGGGCGGCUGGCUGGCGGUGGCACUUCCCCCGGCUCUCGCCCCGGUUUUGUGGCAGGAGGAACGGGGCGUGCGUGGGGCUCUCCCUCUGCAGCGGCCCUGUGGGGAGAGGCGGAGGGGCGUGAGCUGCGGCUGAGGAUAAGCAGCAGGGCCUCCGCCCCCCCCCCCUUGGGAGACUUCGUCCCCAGCCCUUCUGCUCCCCUCCGCUCCCGGGGCCAGUUCCCUCCCCGUUAAUUUGUAUUUUAUUUUGGGAAAUUUUUUUUUAUUAUUCUGACGAUACAAGAAAGAGAGCAUAAUAAAAGAGAUGGUGUUAGUUUUA